AUGGCGAUACCGGUCGCGCGCGUGCACCUUGCCAUGGCACACGCGGCUCUCCCGGCGCUGCUCCCGACCCCGCCCAAGAGCAAGAUGCUGCCGCUGCUCCCGACGCCGCCGUGCGUCCUCGUCGUCCUCCCCGUGCCGCCGCCCAAGCCCAGCCGCGCGGGCGCCGCCGAGAGGUGGGACGCGCGCAAGAACGCGGUCGAGCCGCCGUCCAAUAAGCCCGGGCGCGCCGACACCGCGGGGAGGUGGGACGCGCGCAAGGCCAGACCGGCCAGCCCGGCGUCGUCAGUCUCAAGCCAGCGCUCCACGGGCAGCACCAGGAGCAGUCCCGGCCGCGCGUCCUCGUCUGAGAGGUGGGACGCCGACAAGACGAGUAGUCCGCCGCCGCCGUCCAGCGGCGACGACCGCCCGAGCAGCCGAUCGUCCUCCUCUGCUGCGCGCCGGGAAGGCAACACGCGGGCGAUCAGCCGCGCCCGCGCGUCGUCGUCCGCCGAGAGCUGGGACGCGCACAAGAAGCCUCGGCCGCCGCGGGCCGAGGAGCUCGACGACGGCGCGAGCAGUACUGGGAGCAACGACGUGGAGCUGGACAUGCCGCGGCCGCGGCGGACACAGAUGUACGCUGGGCCGGGCUUCCUCAUCGCGUCGCCGGAGCCGAGCAUGCUUCCCAUGCCAUCGUCGUUCAUGGUGCGCGUUGCAGCAUAG